AUGGCGAAAGAGUCGAAUACUGUGAUACUUGGUGCAAGUUCAAUCAUUAUUUGCCUUCUUGCAACUGGUUUGCUUUAUGCUGCAUUGACCAUAAACCCCUUUGAGACAUGGAGGCACGAGCUAUCAAAUUCGGAUGGUAAAAGCGUUGAAGGGAAAGAAUCUCUGAGACUUCUCUUUAGAAGACUAGUAAGAGGAGAAGAUCGAUUUCAGCUCCAUAGCAGCGGGUUAUCUUGCCACUCUGAUCUUCACUUUGAACAGUGUUUGGCUAGGAAACCAGUCAUUAUUGACAAGAAUGCAUCAACAGUAUAUAUACCUUCCGAUAAUGAAGCCAAUUCUGAAUACAAGAUUAAGCCAUAUGCAAGAAAAGAGGAUGAGACUGCAAUGAAGGUUGUCACACCUGUAAGAAUAGUACAUGGUAACAUUACUCCACCAGCCUGUGAUUUUAUCCAUAGAGUUCCAGCACUGAUCUUCUCCUCAGGUGGUUUCACAGGAAACCUAUUUCAUGAGUUUAAUGAGAUCAUCAUCCCCUUGUUCCUCACCUGCCACCACUUUCGAUCCCGCAUCCAAUUUGUCGUAACUGACUUUAAACCUUGGUGGGUGAAAAAGUACAGUCGAGUUCUAUCCCAUUUGUCCAGCCAUGCUGUUAUAAAUCCGGUUGAGAAUGGUAGUGUUCACUGCUUUCCUGGAGCUAUCAUGGGGCUGAGAUAUCAUGACAACUUAGCUCUAAAUUAUACAGAAAUUCCAGAAGGAUACUCCAUGCUUGAUUUCAAACAAUUCCUUAGAGAGUCAUAUAUGCUGAAAAUAAAGCAUGUCUCGGAGAUGAAAAGGCAAAGGCCAGGGCUACUACUCCUAUCUCGUCGCGAAACAAGGAAGUUUCUGAAUGAAGAGAAAAUGAUAGAAAUGAUGGAAGCAUUAGGCUUUCAAGUCAUUGCUGCAAUGCCCAAUCAGACGUCAAAUUUGGACACAUUUUCCGGCUUGGUGAACUCGUGCAGUAUCAUUGUUGGAGCUCAUGGUGCUGGCCUUACAAAUGCAGUGUUCUUGCCAACCAAGGCAGUGAUAGUGCAAGUGGUACCUCUGGGGUUAGAUUGGCCUUCAACUGCCUACUAUGGUGAAACAGUAGGUGGAAUGGGGUUGGAAUACUUGGAGUACAAGAUUAAAGCAGAGGAAAGUUCACUCAUUGAUAUCUAUGGUCCGGAUCACCCAGUCAUUACUGAUCCCCAGUCUGUAUUCGUGAAGGGCUAUGAGGCUGCCAGGGCUGUUUAUGUUGAUGGCCAGAAUCUGAAGAUUAACUUGGUCAGGUUCAGGAAAACCCUUGUUGAAGCCAUGAAACUUCUUGGACACUCUACUCCUGAAAAUUAA